AUGGUCCUCACCCUCUACGGCUCAGCCAUGUCCACAGCCCGCGUCCACGUCGUCCUCCUCGAAUUAGCCCUAGAAUACAAACACAUCCCCAUCGACAUAUCCAAGGGCGAGCAAAAACACCCCUCAUACAUGAAAAUGCAACCUUUCGGCAAAGUCCCCGUCCUCGACGACGACGGCCUCGUUAUUUAUGAAAGUCGAGCGAUUUGCAGGUAUCUAGCCAGGAAGUAUCAAUCGGGGACGAAAUUUAUGCCAGAUGACGACGAUUUCGAAGCGUAUGCAAAGUUUGAACAGGCUGCUUCCAUUGAAAUUAGUUAUGUUGCAAGCGCGGCGGAAUGUAUUGGGACGGAGAUGGUUAUCAAAAAGUCCUCUCCCCCCCUGUGGCUCUUCCCCCCUUUCCCCUCUUCCCUCUUCCCUCUUCCCCCCCUUUCCAUCAACUCACACGCCCACAGAUAUCAAAACCUCGGUCCCCCAGACCUCCAGCGCGUCGCGCAAGCCGAAGCGGAUCUCCGCGCCGUCUUCAAGGUGUAUGAGGAUAUCCUGGGCAAGCAGCGGUAUUUGGCGGGAGAUGAAAUUAGUUUGGUGGAUCUGUUCCAUCUGCCGCAUUUGGAGGCGUUGUGGGUGGGUGGGUAUGAGGGGAUUUGGGGGGGGGUGUGGGAGGGUGGGGGAGUGGUGGGAGAGGGUUAG